AUGGGAAAGAAUGUGAGUGCAAUACAAGGAAGCAUUCUUAUGAUGAAUACAAUGUUUGGCGUUGGUGUUCUUUAUCUGCCGCUGAUCUACUACUCGCUCGGCUGGGUGCAGGGACUUGUCCUGUUCGCGAUGAUUGCGGCUGUCACCACGCUCACGAUGUACUUGCUCGGCGUGGCAGCAAUUGAAUCGGAAGACCCCCAUCCUACGUACUACUCGGUUUGUGUGAGGUCGUUUCGUUUUAUGGGACCCCUUGCUGACUUUACCACACUGUUAUGCUGUUUCUUCUGCUGUAUGGCAUAUUUAACGUUUAUCACCAAUACCGUGCAUUGUGAAAUUAAACAAGCCGUUCCCAAGGCGGCUAUCACGGUUGCUGCUGCAUUUUUGGUAUUCCUUCUUGCCGUACAGAAGGAUCUUUCAUCUCUGAGGAUCGCGUCGUUUGUAUCCGUAUCUUCAAUCGUGUACCUCGCGUGUUUUGUCGCGUACGUUUUUUUGGUCAACCGCGGGAAUGUAACUGUUGUCAAAUUCAACAAAGGCUAUUCGACCGGCUUGAGUGGUCUGCUGUUUGCGCUAGGCUGCCAGCAAAACAUGGUGGCCGUUUAUUCGCAGUUGAAGGAUAAUAGCCGAUCAGGCGUUCUUAAAGUGGCGAUAGGUGCCGUGUUGAUGGGUGGCUUGCUUUACAUGGCCAUCGGACUGUUCGGAUAUUUUGGUUUUGGCGAGGCCGCCACGACAAAUAUUCUGAAGGUGCUCACUGAUGAUAGCUCGAGUGUCCGUAAGAUGUUGUUGGAGCGUGGCGCAGCCAACGAGUAUGCUAUAAGGGCAUGUGACUGGUUGUUCAUUGUGACGUUAAGCUGUUCAUUUGCUUUCCAGUCACAUCCCGCAAGGACAGCACUGACAAAUAUCCUAAAACAGUUCGUCGGUGUUAAGAAGGAGGUGCUCGCAAGCAACAGAUACCGAUACAUAGCAACGAGUGCGUAUGUCGCGCUUAUCUGUGUCAUUGCGUGCUUCGAGUUUGAUUGCGAUACGAUCGUGUCGUAUAUUGGAGCAACGUGUAAUAAUGCAAUAUGCUACAUUAUGCCGGCACUUGCAUUCAUCGGACUGGUCAAGCGAUCGACAAUCCUCAGACCGAUUGCAUACGCAGUUGUUCUGUUGGGCGUAGCCGGUAUGAUUUACAUGGUUGCAAUGAACAUCAUGAAGUAGGAUGGAAAAUAAGUACCGAAGAGAAGGUCAGGUUUGAUUGAUAGCGUUACGGGUAAUUAAACGUUCUU